UGUCCGCUGAAGCCCUGAACUGCUAGUCGUGAAAGCCAUAAUACCCUAACUCCUCGUCGCCCAAAGCUCCAAGCUGAAGUCGCCGGUCGCCCCCUGGCCGGACCACCGACCACUGACCAGACUCAACAGAGCUCAGCACUAAGCUCGUCGUCGACUCGCCGGACCAGUCCGCCACUUCGCCUGCUGCCGUGACCAUUACUCGCUCACUGUCGGACCAGUCACUCGCUCACCGCAGGAUUUCUGACGAAAGAUGGAUGGUUCUUCAUCUUGUCAACAGAACACUACAAGUGAGCCAACCGAACACUGCAAGUGGAUUUGGGAAAAUGGACCAUGUGAAUAUGAGAUGUUUGGUAAUUGGGUUUAAGGAGUCAUACCUUAACGACGUUGAGGAUCAAAAAUCACAGGGCUUGAAGUUGGUGCCUUGGUUAACCUGGGAAGAGUGGAGUUUCAUUGGAGAUUCCCUUUUCUCUUCUUCUCCGCUUUCCGUUGAUUCUGCACUUAGAAGGAUUUCGACUUGGAGGAACAGAGGAUGCAUUCCAGUCGCUGUCGAUGUUACCGCUUCAAUCAUCGAAAUUCAGCAGAAAGAUCCAUAUUUCAGAGAUGAUGUACCCAAAAGUGUGCAGCUAUCGGAAGAAAUGCUGGCUAUGCUAUAUUCUAUGGCAAUUACCAGGUUAGUAAAUGGAGUUAUUGAGAAGAACCGCAAGAAGAACGAGCUUUCAAUAGCUGAGGCAGCUUAUGCAAUUGGCAUUCCCCGUAUGCUGAUUGAUGUCCGCCACGAGGGUUCUCAUCGUGAUCUUCCUUCACUCCAGUUGGUCCGCCUUGCCUCUACAAAGGCACUUCGUUGGUUGCAAUCAUAUUACUGGGAGCCUCAAAAAAGCGCUAUUCAGAGCGGUCAACCCACCAAACUUCAGAAGGAAACAAGGGACAGAUUAAAUGAAUUGGCUUAUUGUUUGAAAGAAAAACAGACUGCCAGAUCAAGUUCUUUUGCCAAGGAAAACCGUAUUACUGUUAGACAUCCAGGUCAACUCUAUGGAUUCAACAAAUUUCUUCCUUUUGUAGCUGGGAAGCUUUCAUUUUCUAAAUCAUCAGGUCCUAAGAAACAGGUUACCAAAUCUUUGAAAAAUAUUCUUCGGUUGUAUUCUUCGUCGUCUUCAGAAGUGUUGUCAGUGCUUUUGGAACUGUUGCUUAAGGCAUUAGAUUCCUCGCAUUUAGCUGAUGGAUCAGAUUCUGGUCAAACUAUCCAAGGAAACAUUACUAUGCAUGCUGUAUUUGAUCACUGGAAACCAGUCAUCACAAAAUUGUCUAAUAAAGCACCAGACUUGCUUAUUACACUUCUUAGAGGAAUCCUUGAUAAAAUUGAGAUACAUUCAGCCACAGAAUUGCUAAAUGGUGACUGCCAUUCAUUGGAUAAUGUAACAGUGCCUCGCCAAAUUCAACUGCUUUCUUACCUGUUUGAAUGGUUAAUUGAAAAUCUGAAGACCCUGAGGCAUGUACAUGAGAAAAGAUCUGUAUCAGAAACUGGAGAUUCUUCAAAUGACCAAAUUCUGGCAAAGGCUACCCUACAGGACCUUUUAUGCAAAUGCCUCGUGUUGUCCUCUCAUGGCAACAAGCAACUGAUGGCUUCAUCCAUAGUUCUUGCACGUCUAAUGGGGAAGAACUCUUUACUUAAUAAACUUAAAACGCUCUCUUUGCUGAGCGUAUUUGGUGCAGAUGUUAAUGAAUCAGACUCUCCUAAUGUACAUUCAGAAAGCUUCCUCUCCAGGCAAGAAGAAUCCCUUAGUCAAGCUGGAAAGAAGCUUCAGUUGAUUAAACUAAAAUCAAUGAAGAGCAACAAGGUAAACAAAACUCAAAACCAUGCCGGUGUUCGUAGACAAUGGGUUGUCACAGAUAAUUGGAGACCAUGCCCUAUAGGUAUGAUACCUCAUGCUUUCAGUUCUUCAGGCCGCUUACCUAUUCUUGAUUGCAAUGCUAAUUGCACUGAAGUUUCCAAAUCAUCAAAUCCAAAAGAAUGCCAAUUAUCAAAUGAAAAUCACAGCAAGAGGGUGGCUGAAUCUGCUAUUGAAUGUUUAGACAAUUCCCAUCAUAAGAAAAUGAGAGCAGAGACAGAAAGCAGCCAUGAAUUAGAUGACACAUCUGCAGCAGGUAUAGAAGGAUGUCUGAUGAUUGGUGGUGAGUGGAAGAAAGUUACUGCAGAUGAGUUGCAAGCCAUUGCAUCAUCUGUGAGGAUGUUAGUUUAGCCACUCUUUUCGUCUCAUUUUAUUUGUUUUAUUCUCUUUAGUCUAUCUUUAAAAAUGAGAAAUGGCAAAUUUAGUCCAUGAAUUAUAGGAAAAUAGUACUUUUUGUCCUUUAAUUAUACCCAUUGUCACUUUUUGCAAGCUUGUUUAAUGAUCUUUCCUUCCAAUGUCACACAUCAGUGUGUGCGACUACCGGCGAUGCCUUUUUUCAAUGGAAAUUUUCAAAUCAUUGUUUUGCCAUUCUUCAAUUGUUUUGGUAAGAUUUAGAAGCUUUUUGAGUCUGUUGAGUUUUUUC